GCAGUUUUUGCGCCAGUCUCGUGAAGGUUGCGGCACCGUCGUGAGCUCUGUGCGUCAUUUCCGGGCGGCGCGGAGCCGAGUGGUCAACGGCCCGAAGAGCAGCAUGCCUAAGUUUUAUUGUGACUACUGCGAUACAUACCUCACCCAUGACUCUCCAUCUGUGAGAAAGACACAUUGCAGUGGUAGGAAACACAAAGAGAAUGUGAAAGACUACUAUCAGAAAUGGAUGGAAGAACAGGCUCAGAGCCUGAUUGACAAAACAACGGCUGCAUUUCAACAAGGAAAGAUACCUCCUACUCCAUUCUCUGCACCUCCUCCAGCAGGUGCUAUGAUCCCACCUCCCCCUAGUCUACCGGGUCCUCCUCGCCCUGGUAUGAUGCCAGCACCCCAUAUGGGAGGCCCUCCCAUGAUGCCAAUGAUGGGCCCUCCUCCUCCUGGGAUGAUGCCAGUGGGACCUGCUCCUGGAAUGAGGCCACCAAUGGGAGGCCACAUGCCAAUGAUGCCUGGGCCUCCAAUGAUGAGACCUCCUGCUCGUCCCAUGAUGGUGCCCACUCGGCCAGGAAUGACACGACCAGACAGAUAAGGAUAGAGGGGAGCUUUUUCAGUUUUAUAUUACUUGUUUACUUCAUUCACCAGGAGAUCAUGGUGCUGUGUGACUCUGGGUGUUUUCUAACAGUAUGACAACAAAGACUUGCUCCCUAUUUGUAUCAAAGAGAAUAGUUUCAGAAGGGAGAAAUUGGAAAAAGUACAGUUUUCAUUUGUAUUGUGAAAUGUGAAAAUAAAGUUGUCAGCUCUUUUAGUUAAAA